GUGGCCUGUAUGUGUGGUGAGCAAUCAUAUCUUAUUAUUGCAUUGAACACUGCAGAGCAAUGUAUUUUAUUUCAGUGAACUUAUUCUUCUGCAACCUUUCUUAUCCUUUUAUAUUCCUUUAGUAGGGUCAUGAAGAACUUUAAACUCCAGAUUCUCCGCACACACAACACUCACAGGCUACAGUCUGACAGUCAACAGAAAUGACCUGCAAUUUCCCCUGAUACAUUUUCUCACAGAUUGCGUUUGACACCUUCCCUUCCAAACUGUUGUAGUGGAAGCUGGCAGCUUUGAGCUUAUCUGGGACUGCAAGGGAAUCAGGGAUGGUCCCUGUGAGUUGAUUGCCGUGAAGGAGUAGAGAUACCAAAUUUGGGGGGUUCCCAAGUGAAGAUGGAAUGGUUCCAGUGAGUUGGUUGUCAUCAAGGUGCAAACUCCUCAAGUUGAGAGUUCCUAAAUUAGAAGGAAUGGUUCCAGAAAAAUUGUUGUUUUCAGCAAAYAUAACUUGUAAAUCAGGCAUGGCAUCAGGGAUAUCUUGAGGAAGGGUUCCCUCGAACCUAUUGAAUCCAAGAUCAAAAUACACCAUGUCCUCAAAAUCGAAAAAAUAAUCAGGGACCUGCCCAGAAAAUUGAUUGAAAGAGAGUACAAGUGUGUCUAUCUCGUUCAAACUAGAGAAGUCACCAGGAAAUGUUCCUGUGAUCAAGUUAUCAGAAGCUGUGAAUUCGUAAAUGGUAGAUAAAAUUGACAGCUCCGAAGGGAGAGUUCCCUGUAGUCCGUUCCCGUGAAUUCUGACCAUUUCCAUUUGUUCAACGCGAUUGCAAGGGUCCAAACCAAUCAUAUUAUACCAAUCACACUCAUGCAGAUCCGACAACCACAUGUCAUUUUCUAGCCAUUCGCCUCCAUCUUGUUCACAGAAAAAUACUGUCAUAGCGUAACGCUGACGGAUUCGUUCACCUGUGAAUUCCAAAACAUCUUCUCCUGUUCGAAGCCAGUCACGGGAUUUUGUUUGACAAGUUCCAGGGAUAUCAAAUAACUCUGCAGUCCCAGGAGGAAUGUAUGGACCAAUGCCAUCUGAAACUAUCUGGCAGAUAGCAUCAGUGGUACAUGGAACAAGGCUGUUAUUAUCCGGGAAAAAUGCAUCUGUGGUUGAAGGUGGAUUAGGAUUUUCCAAUGCAAAUUGUGGUACGUUCGGAGAUGCAGCAGGAAGUGAAGUAGUUGGACCUACGGCUGCCCCAGCACCUACAACAGCUCCAAGUGCCAACAUAGUCCAAGCUGCCAUCGGAACUCCAGUUAUUGCAGGUUCUUUCUCUUCAUCUUCAUCUUCGUAUUCACUCACGUCAUCAUCAGGAAUAGCAGCCAAUUCUAGGUCGUCGUCAUUUUCAGUCGCUGUAGUUACUGUUGGUCUAUCAAAAGGUCCUUCCGGGCGAGCACCACUCCAGUUAUAUUCCGGUUCUUCCUUUUCCGAUCGCAACUUUGAUGGCCUUUCAGCGGACCAAUCGUACAAAGGUUUCUCUUCAGACACAGGAGUCAGCUGAAACUCCUCAUCAGUCUCAAAUGGUUUAGUAACAACAGGCCUGUUGAAUGGAGCAGCCUUCUUCUCGGCAGACCAGUCGUAGGAAGGUGGUUGGGAGUGGGCAGCAACUGAAGSUUCUUCAGCAAUGGAGGUGAGUUGAAAAUCGUCGUCUGUGUCAAAUGGAGUAGUGACUUGAGGCCUGUUCAAAGGCAAGACCCCCUUCUGUUUGGACCAAUCGUAACUUGGUGAUUCCUGCUCAGCUGGAGAACGUUGCCAGCCGUAUUCAGGUUCAUCUGGGCUCUCGGUACGUCUAUCUCGAGGAAUAGAAUUGACAUCAACUGGUCUGUCAUAAAUAUCAUCUUCAUCA